AUGGGGGACCCGACUUCACGAAGAAAUCAAACAAGAAAUCGACUUCGUGCCCAGCUUCGAAAGAAAAGGGAGUCUUUGGCCGAUCAGUUUGACUUCAAGAUUUAUAUAGCCUUCGUUUUCAAGGAUAAGAAAAAGAAGUCUGCUCUGUUUGAAGUAGCUGAAGUGGUGCCUGUGAUGACCAACAACUAUGAAGAAAACAUCCUCAGAGGUGUGCGGGAUUCCAGCUACUCUCUCGAGAGUUCAAUAGAACUCCUGCAAAAAGAUGUCGUGCAACUACAUGCGCCCCGCUACCAAUCAAUGCGAAGGGAUGUAAUAGGCUGCACUCAAGAGAUGGAUUUCAUCCUUUGGCCACGCAACGAUAUUGAGAAGAUUGUCUGUCUGCUAUUCUCCAGAUGGAAGGGGGCUGAUGAUGAACCUUUUAGGCCUGUUGAGGCCAAGUUUGAAUUUCAUCACGGAGACUAUGAGAAACAGUGCUUGCAUGCUUUGGGUCGCAAAGACAAGGCUGGAACGGUCAUGAACAAUCCUACGCAGUCUGUAUUUCUCUUCAUGGAUAGACAGCACUUGCAGACGCCAAAGACCAAGGCUACAGUUUUCAAGUUAUGCAGCCUUUGCCUGUACCUGCCCCAGGACCAGUUGACCUGCUGGGGUGUCGGAGACAUCGAGGACCAUCUCCGCCCGUAUAUGCCUGACUAG